AUCUCCGACGUCCAUACACAUGUGCCGGGGCUUGGGGCUUCCACCACCGACAAUCACAACCCAAGUGGGAGAAGGUAGCAGGAUGAUGUAACCGGCACAUUUGAGAAUGGCGCGUUCCUACUAUACCGGUCCCUCCAGUAACAUGCCCUUAUGUGGUUAUGACGCAACAGUAUUUUGUGUGGAGAGUUUAAGGAAAUUGACAUCAUAGACCGACCUUGACCACAAUCUGAACUUAUAUCUGACGGCUCCGAGUUGCUUGGAGCACAAACCCAUCCACGAACAGCAUUCGGCAUCAAACAACAUCAAGUGCACGACAGACCAAUCUGAGCCACUCGCAGUACAAGUCAAAACACCUCUCACCAUGUCUGCCAACCCCGAUUCAGUUGUCAACCAAGGGCAGUUUCACUCGAGCGUGCCGCCAGCACAGCCGCUAACCACCUCUGGACAUCAACUGGGCCAGCAAGUCGGCAACGAAGCCGUCCCCGAGUUCCGCGCCAAGACAUUCCCUCCCGGGACCGCGCCCAAGGAAAGCACAUACAAACCCAACCCGAUCCACGAGACCCCGGGACAGGCCAUGAACCCGGAUGUAGACGAGUCCGGACGGACGGGCGCGUUGGACAUGCCAGGCGCCACCAGUGGCGAAGUGCACAGCCAGUCGACAUUCGCGCGGCCGAUGGAGGGCCAGACGGGCAAAGAGCUGAACGACAGCAAGAUGCACGCCGGCAAACGCAAAAAGGAGCGCAGCGGCUUGGAGGGCGUGGGCGCCACGGCUACCACGUCGGACGAGACGGUUGAGGGCCGGGCGCGCGCCCUGGGCGCGGACCUGCCCGAGGGCGUGGAGCGCGGUAUCAGGGGCAAAGGGCCCGGAGCAGAGGAGACCAAUCCGGCGUCUGCGGCGGAGGUGGCGGCGGAGAAGAGCCGGAAGUAAUUGAAACCGGAUGGAAAAGGGGUUGCACUGUACGACCAGUCCGGGGCCAUC